GAAGAUAUCAUAUAAAAAUUUAGUUAAAAUCGUUCUACCUGAAAGUUUAAAAUGAGCUUGCAACCAGAAUGCAACUCUGUGGUGUUUGUAUUAAAAAACAUACACCACCACAUUUUCGCUAGGUAACAAAAGAAAACGUCAAUUAUAAGAUUUUAGUUUUUUCAUAUUAGCAACGUUUUGGCGAUUUGUUUAACAAUUUUCAAUUAAAUAAUAAAAAUGGAUGUGCGACCGAAUCAAACUAUUUACAUUAAUAAUCUGAAUGAAAAGAUUAAGAAGGAUGAAUUGAAAAAAUCGCUGUAUGCCAUUUUCUCCCAAUUCGGUCAAAUCUUGGACAUAGUGGCGCUAAAAACGCUGAAAAUGCGUGGUCAGGCGUUUGUGAUAUUUAAGGAAAUCGGCAGUGCAUCGAAUGCGCUACGUACUAUGCAAGGAUUUCCCUUCUAUGACAAACCAAUGCGUAUCGCUUAUUCUAAAACUGACAGUGAUAUCGUGGCGAAGAUAAAGGGUACAUUCAAAGAACGCCCGAAAAAAGUCAAACCACCAAAGCCGGUGCAAAAUACCGAAGAUAAAAAGGAUAAAAAGAAAAAAUCAUCUAAUGCUGAGAAUACGAAUCCUAAUACACAAACCGAACAGCCACCAAAUCAAAUUCUUUUCCUCACCAAUCUGCCAGAGGAAACAAAUGAGAUGAUGCUUUCUAUGUUGUUCAAUCAAUUCCCUGGGUUCAAAGAGGUGCGUUUGGUUCCAAACCGUCACGAUAUCGCGUUUGUAGAAUUUGCCACCGAACUACAAAGUAAUGCGGCCAAAGAAGCAUUACAAGGUUUUAAAAUAACACCAUCACACGCUAUGAAGAUUACUUUCGCCAAAAAGUGAAAAGUCAACAACUGGGUUGGAGAUGCUCACGCAUUUUUCUUAUUUAAGAUUAGUAGUAUAUUUUUAUUUGCCUGCCCUCGCGCUGUGUGCAAAUAUUUGAAUUAUUUAUACUGAUAUUUAUGUAAAAUGAAAUGAUCAAACCUUAACUAUUCGCAAAUUCGAGCAGAAUUUAUUGCAAUAUAUCUUUCCACUUCUAAUUUAAAUUGUAAAUGUUCAUUUCAAAGUUAUAUCACAAAAAAUAUUUGCGCAAUGGUGGUGAGGAUAUUUCUUCGGUUAAUCUGAAGUGAAAACUCUCAAAAUAUUUUCCUUUAAUUAUUAUUAAAAAAAAAAUAUUUACAUAAAGAAAUGUACAAAAUUCAUUUGGAAAUAAAAUGCCAUAACUUGGCAAAUAUAAA